ACUUUUACACAAGGACAUAGCUUUAGCCUAUUCGUUAUUGUCUCCUUAAACCCGACCUUGAAGCUGGAAGACUGCAUGACAACCAGAACUUGGCCAGUCAAAGCUUCAGAAAAAAAGCCAAGACGUUUGGGGUUGUGACUAUCAUCUCCCCCAAGUCUGGGCAUGAGAUGAAAAUUCCAUGCCUAAGCCCCUGAAAUCUCAGCGAGGCACCUCCUCUACGAGGUGCUGUUCCACUGAAACAAUACAGCUGCUGUCAAGGCAGCGAGAGCUGGUUUGCCAUGCAUCCUGGAUUUUUCUCUCCAAGCCCGUGGAGGUUUCCAAGAUUGCUGUGAUUUUCGCUGGCAUACAGACCACUGGCCCUGUUGCAGCUCCAACGCUGAUCAUCCACUCAGUCUGCUGGGUUUCCCUGAGUGGUCCUCAGGCGUGGAAUACAAAAGAAGCUGGAAGCGACUGCUUGGGCAUGCGUGCGGUGGGCUUGGUACAACAGCUUGGGCAUGCGUGUUGUGGGCUUGGUCCUGGAGUAGACUCGCCUUAGAGACACUUAGCUCCUUCCACCAAAGAAAAAGAAGCUCGUGACUGAACUAAUCAUCCUCAAGGAUUGUACAAAUGGCGCACCAAUUUUACGGAAAAACUGCCUUGGUGUGAGAGCUCCUUGUGGCUCAGCUCAGGACCAAAUGGCUUAUUACUUGUGAUCAUCUUAAGACGCUGCAGCUUUAAAGCAAGACGGAGGAACCCUCCAUUUUCAGCAGCACUAGGCCACAUUCGGCAGCGGGCCGGUGGCUCCCGCUCGCCUCUCCGCGGAGAAGGCUCUGGAGGACUCUGUUCCGCGCCGGGCAGCCCAGGAACCAGGUCCCCAGCGGCCAGCACAGCCCUGUUGCCAAGGGAACCGCCACGCGCCGCUGAGCUGGCCCACUAGCGGGAACGUGAGGGGAUAGGCCCGGGCAGGCCAGACAUGGAGCUGCCGGACCCUGUUCGUCAGCGCUUGAGCAACCUCAGCCUCACCAUGUUCGGCGACUCCAGCCGUACCGGGCCAGAGUCCAGUGAGGCCGCGGAUAACGAAAUGGUCUCCAGCCUGCCCCUGCAGAUGUCACUUUACUUUAACUCUUACUUUUUCCCACUCUGGUGGGUGAGCUGCAUCGUGAUGCUGCACCUGAAGUAUUCGGUUUUGCCUGACUACUAUAAAUUCAUUGUGAUUACUGUGGUCAUCCUCAUAACCUUGAUUGAGGCCAUCCGGCUGUACCUGGGCUGCAUGGGUAACCUGCAGGAGAAGAGACUACGUUUCUCCGAGGACAAGGACUAUGGCACACGUCUGAACUGCUCACAGACCCUAUAACGUCGUUUCUUUGUACUGCUGAGUGCCUGACUGCAUAACAAAACCGAAACCAUAGCCUACUGAGCUUCUAACUCUCGCUGUGUGUCUGCAGGUUCCCGAGCUGGCCGGCUUUUGGCUUCUGAGCCUUCUACUGCAGUUGCCUUUACUCCUUUUCCUGCUCCUUAAUGAAGGCCUGAAGAAUCUGCCCUUGGAGAAAGCGAUUCACAGCAUCUUCACCGUCUUCCUUACUUUCCAAGUCAUCUCGGCGUUUCUGACCCUGAAGAAAAUGGUCAACCAGCUGGCAGCCCGUUUCCACCUCCAGGACUUCGAUCAGCUGUCUGCGAGCAGCGCGACUGGGAGGCGGGCUAGGCAAAGCUCGGAAGAGCUCUGACCGCGUGCUGACGGUGACGUCACCAAGAUGAUGCAAGAGGACCCAGAAGCGAGUGACAGGACAUCGAGUCAGGCCUGAGGAAGGGGGCACGCGUGUUGGGGUGUGUCCUCUAGCUCUGAAGCCCCCCAUGGAGGAAAUGCCCAGGCUUACUCGUAUCAACCCUGCAGCCGAGGGGAUGUCCAGACUCGGCAUUUCUUGUUUCUGAUGUUGGCUUCGAAGGUGUUUCUUCAUGAGUGUGUUGGCAGUUGCAAAACCACCUCUUCUGUCAUGUUUCUGGUUAUAAUCUGUGAUGAGAAAUGUGUGGCACUUCAGAGAAAAUCAGCUUUGUCCACUGGAAUCUCACCGAGUGUGUCAACACCCCCUAGGACAUGCCCUAACCCAGCAGGAGUUGGCCAAUAUAAAACGAACUCCGUAUUCUUGUGGGCUUUCUGUUUCCUUUGCUGUUGCCUUGGCAUUUCUGUCUUAUUAUUAGAGAGUAAAAAGGUGGGAAGGAGUUGGGAAGGGGGAAACAUGAAAAGUAUGGUAUGAAGAAAAGAACUAAUAAAAGAAGUACGUGACGUUUCUUUUAAACUUGUCAGCUAUCUAACUGGCUGCCCUGGGCUUCUUGGAUCAUAUGGAAACCCUUGAUCAAUAGGAUGCCUGUGUGUUAGGUGGAAUUUUAACCAAGACCAAAGUAUUGGGUGUGCUAGUACUCAGUUCCAAGUGUCUUUCCAGUUGUUACCUUGCAGUGAAAGAGGCAGGCACAUCGUGGUGUCUGAAGAAUAUUUAUCACAAAUAUUUCAAGCUUUAUAAAUCCAUGUUCAGUAUUUGUGGUGAUGGCAGCUAAGUCCUUUUUACCAUAAAUCGUAAGCUCUUUAUAUUAAACUAUCAGCAGCAUA